GAAGAAGAGCCGCAGCCCCUCAGCAUCAGCACCAGACAUCAUCAUCAUCAUCAUCCUCCUCCUCUUCCUCCUCCUCCUCUUCUCUCCUCCUCUCUCCACUGCGGAUCCUCGGCCUGUUUUCUCCCGGACCUCCUCCAGCGGCAGACCCCGGCUCGUCAUGGACAACUCCGGCAAAGAGAAGGAGGCCAUGCAGCUGAUGGCUGAAGCCGACAAGAAAGUCAAGGCGUCCGGAUCGUUCCUGGGAGGAAUGUUCGGGGGGAACCAUAAGGUGGAGGAUGCUUGUGAAAUGUACGCCAGAGCAGCCAACAUGUUUAAGAUGGCAAAGAACUGGAGUGCUGCAGGGAAUGCGUUCUGUCAGGCCGCCCGGCUCCACAUGCAGCUCCAGAACAAACUGGACUCUGCCACCAGCUUCGUCGACGCAGGCAACGCCUACAAGAAGGCCGACCCACAGGAGGCCAUCAACUGUUUAAACCAGGCCAUCGACAUCUACACCGACAUGGGUCGUUUCACUAUUGCAGCCAAACAUCACAUCACUAUCGCGGAGGUUUACGAAUCUGAGCUGGUUGAUAUCGAAAAGGGCAUUGCUCACUAUGAGCAGGCAGCAGAUUACUACAAGGGAGAAGAAUCCAACAGCUCAGCCAACAAAUGUCUCCUGAAGGUCGGACACUACAGCGCUCAGCUGGAGCAGUACCAGAAAGCUAUCGAAAUCUAUGAACAGGUUGCCAUGAGCACCAUGGACAAUCCUUUGUUGAAGUACAACGCUAAAGAGUAUUUCUUCAAGGCCUCGCUGUGUCACUUCAUAGUGGACGAACUGAACGCCAAGUUGGCCAUCGAGAAAUACGAGGAGAUGUUUCCAGCUUUCUCCGACUCCAGAGAGCUCAAACUGUUAAAGAAACUCCUAGAAGCCCACGAGGAGCAGAACAGCGAGGCGUUCACGGAGGCCGUCAAGGAGUUCGACUCAGUGUCUCGUCUGGACCAGUGGCUGACCACGAUGCUGCUCCGCAUCAAAAAGACCAUCCAGGGAGACGCCGGGGACCUGAAAUAGACAAAUUUAACGAGGGGGGGUAAGGAGGGAGGGAGAAAGGGGGGAAGAGAAGAAAGACAGAAGAUAACGGCACAGGGGGGUUGUUAAUUCAAGAAAAGGAAGGGAGAAUUAUGGGUAAGGAAAGACGUGAAAGGAGAAGGAAAGAUGAUUCUAGAGGUUUAAAGGAGGGACGGUGUGACUGAGGGAGUUUACAGUUGUAGAUAUGAGUCUGCAUGUGACCCCCAACAAACUAAGCAUCACCUUUAAAACCACCUCGUGUCCCCCGUCCCCCUGCAGUAUUGCUCUCGUAACACUGGACAGAAAUGUACGCAAGAGAGAAUGGUCAGAAAAAGGUGUGAGUGUGUGUGAGAGAGAAAGUAUAUGUUGAGAUUUAAGGAUAUAUGUUAUUGAUAAAGGGAUAAUAAUGUUAUUUAUGAGAUCAUUGAUAUUUAUUGUCAAUACUGAAAAUAUUAUUUAUUGUAUAUUAUGGUGCUCAGUGUUACGAUUUGUCUUAAUAUUUUAGGUAUUAGCCCCUCUGCUCUCCUCUUCUCUUCCCCUAUACUCCCUCUCCUCCUCUUCCUCCUCCUCUUCUUCCUCUGUCUUCCCUCGUUCCUCUCCUCACCCCCCUCGGUCCCAUCAAUUCAGUGAUAUCACCCAUUUGUGGUUCUUUGUGUUGAGGCCUAUCGUUGGUCGGUGCAGUUUGCCGCCAGCGCAGACGCCCCGUCACUGCCUUGUUUGUGCAUGUCUGUUGUCAUGUGGAUUUAAGUGUUCUACGUGUAUCGUGCUAACGUGUGAACAACAUACAUGUAGCCUGGUAUCAUUUGCGUGAACUCAGUAAAUAUGUACCUCAGAGUUGAAAUAAAAACACCAUCGCUCCAGA